UUUAGAUUUGAAUGACAGAAUUAGAUCAGGCAGAGCUGGAUCUACUAGGAGAAGGACCAGCCGCCACUGAUGGCGAUCACUUGGACGAACACGCCCUCCUUGAUCAAACACCCCCACCCGGAGACGAUCACAAUAAUGGCUUAAAUCGCGUGAAAUCUGAAGAAUUGAAGAGUGAAGAAGUAGAUCUUUAUGACGAUGCAAUCGCACCGUCGUCUGGAGAAAAAACAGUACCCCCGACUCCAGUUCGUCCUGCCCAACACAAUGGCGGAAGUACACACGUAUCCGAUGGGAAGCGGUACUGCUGCUACAUUGGCAAUCUGGUAUGGUGGGCUACCGACGCCGAUGUUGGACUCCACAUAAAAGCCCUCGGAAUUCCUGACUUGAUCGACAUGAAGUUUUUUGAAAAUAGGACCAACGGUCAAAGCAAAGGAUUCGCUCUGCUUGUUCUUGGAAGCGAUGCAUCCGUGCGCACUAUCACUGAGCAAAUGCCGCAGCGCCAAAUUCAUGGACAAAAUCCUGUGAUUCUACCAUACACCAAGGCUUCAUUGAAUCGUUUGGAUGAGGCAACGUCGAAGAUGCAGAGCCGACCGGAUACCAAGCAGAGCAAGAAGGAUGAAGCGUGUAUGAACAUGGGAACCAUCCGCAUAGGUACUGCAGGCGGGCCAACUGGACCUCCACCCAUCAUGGGGCCUAGAAUGGGCCCUGGCGGUCCACCCAUGAUGAAUGCUGCGCCAAUGGGAGGACCUGCUCCGAUGGGACCAGGCGGAAUGAUAAACAGAGGCCCGGUGAUGAUGGGACAGCCUGUAAAUCAGGGUCCAAUGAUGGCACGCACUAUGGGACCACCAGGAGUUGGGACGACCAUCGCCCCCGUGCAGAUGGGAGGUCCCGUUCAAAUGGGAGUAGCUGGACAAAUGACAACAGGACCGCCACGUCCGAUGGUCGGAGGUGCAGUACCAAUGCAAGUCGGACAAGCACCACCCAUGAUGCAAAUGCAGUCAAAUCGUCCCCCACCUGGAGUUCAAUUCAAUAGUGGUCAACAACCAGUUCUUGGAAUGAGCCAACAGCAAAUGAUGUCACAAGGUCCACCUGGUGUACGUUCUAUGAAUGCACCUCCACAGGCUCCGCAACAGUUACUUGCACCUCAUGGCGCUCAUAUCAAUCCACAGAUGUUUCCCGGUGUUCAUCAGCAGCCUCCCGUACCAGGAGCUGUUAACGAUGUCGAGUUUGAAGAAAUUAUGAACAGAAACAGGACUGUGGCAUCAUCGGCCAUUUCUCGAGCUGUGGCUGAUGCUGCAGGUGGUGAUCGCAUGAUGAUCGCUGCCGACUUUUGGUGGCUAGUCUACAGGAUACCCUUAAUGGUAUUGAAAAUAAAGCGUACGGAAGCAGCAGUCGAAGCAAGCAUCGCGACCGAUCGCGUAGUCGUUCGCGCGAUCGUGAUCGCAAGCGAAGACGCAGGAGCCGUUCAAGAAGCCGGUCAAGCUCUCGAUCGCGCUCCCCGAGGCAUUCACGCUCUCGUUAUCACUAAAUAUGGAGCAGAUAAUGUGUUUCCUUUCAAAAAGGUUCUGUAUUUCUACAUUGCGUUGUUGGAGUGAAGGGAAGUGGGAAUGUAUUCGUCGUGCAUCAUCUCUUCGGCGUCGUUUCUCGAGGACAUCCGUCUCGGACCUUAUCUCUCCGUAUUCUAUAAUAUUAAACAUUGUUAAUUUUUUUCGAUAAAACAUGUAGAUCUGAGUUGUUCAGCACACAAGGCAUGUCACAUUGUUCUACAUGCCUGGUAAGCUUUAUUCUUCUGCUUUAUCAAUAUCGUGCUUUCGUGUUGUAAGCAAUAAAAUUGUUUAGAGUUAA